UCCAUUCUUUUUCGUGUGGCAAAUUUCUAUAGAAAUUCCGAGUAAUGUGUAUGCUGAAAAUUAUUUUACUAAUAUAUCACAAAUAGUUUCAAGAUACAUACGCAAUUCAAUUAAAUAAGUGCCAUUGUGCAUAGUGUGGAUAGAUCCAAGAGUUAUCAGAAACUUCGCCCAUCGGAGUGAAAAAUAAUAAUAUACAUACAUACAUCAGACCCUGUAUAUUUUAGUUAAAGUCUAUCAUCAAACCAAUUUAUUACCGUGAAACGAAACACAAGUGUAUAAACAAUUGGGUGUGCUGCGUGUUUGUUGCUUGUUUAGCUCAACACCAAUUAAAGAGCUAUGGAGGAUCCAAAUCGGAUGAUGGCCCACACCGGUGGCAUGAUGGCCCCCCAGGGUUAUGGGUUGCCCGGUCAAGACGAUGGCCAGAAUGCGGGCAAUGAAAAUGAAGUGCGCAAGCAAAAGGAUAUUGGUGAAAUAUUGCAACAAAUAAUGAGCAUCUCGGAGCAAUCUCUAGACGAGGCGCAGGCCAGGAAGCAUACCUUGAAUUGUCAUCGCAUGAAGCCAGCGCUUUUCUCGGUGCUGUGCGAGAUCAAGGAGAAGACCGUGCUUUCCAUUCGUAACACGCAGGAGGAGGAACCUCCAGAUCCACAAUUGAUGCGGCUGGACAACAUGUUAAUUGCCGAGGGAGUGGCUGGGCCAGAAAAGGGUGGUGGCGGAGCGGCUGCAGCCUCUGCAGCAGCCGCCAGUCAAGGCGGUUCCUUGUCCAUGGAUGGGGCCGACAACGCUAUUGAGCAUUCUGAUUACCGCGCAAAGCUAGCACAGAUUCGCCAGAUCUAUCAUCAGGAACUGGAGAAAUACGAGCAAGCAUGCAAUGAGUUUACUACUCAUGUGAUGAACUUGCUGCGCGAACAGAGUCGCACCAGACCGAUUACACCCAAAGAAAUCGAACGCAUGGUACAGAUCAUACACAAAAAGUUCAGUUCUAUUCAAAUGCAGCUAAAGCAAUCUACCUGCGAGGCCGUAAUGAUACUGCGAUCGCGCUUCCUAGACGCCCGUCGCAAGCGCCGCAAUUUUAGCAAGCAAGCAUCGGAAAUACUUAAUGAAUAUUUUUAUAGUCAUUUAAGUAAUCCUUACCCAUCCGAAGAGGCAAAGGAAGAACUGGCGCGCAAGUGCGGUAUAACAGUAUCGCAAGUCUCCAAUUGGUUUGGCAAUAAGCGUAUUCGUUACAAGAAGAAUAUUGGCAAAGCACAGGAGGAGGCCAAUUUGUAUGCAGCAAAGAAGGCAGCCGGAGCAUCGCCCUAUUCGAUGGCAGGACCGCCAAGUGGCACUACAACCCCCAUGAUGUCACCCGCUCCACCACAAGACUCAAUGGGCUAUCCAAUGGGAUCUGGUGGCUAUGAUCAACAGCAACCGUAUGAUAAUAGCUUGGGGGGUUAUGAUCCAAAUUUGCAUCAGGAUCUUAGCCCUUGAGGAUAGGCCUUCCAGAACUAACAACGGAAAUAGGCGCUUCAGCUGCAAUAUUUGUAACAAGAACAAACAGACCAAUAACAGCAGUAGUUAUAAUUACUUGCUAAGCUGUCCACUUAAUCGGUCUCCAAAAUUGAAUUAUAUGUAAUACUAACCUCAUCCUUAUAUUCUAUAACGACUAUCGCGCUUAUUUUGUAGUUAAGUGCAUACUAAUAACAACAAAAUAUUAUGUAAGGCAACACGUACAGUAACCAGUGUGUGACUACCCAUACCAGUUAAUGUCGGUGGGAACUGGUGGAAAGGUAUGAAAACCAUUUCAUAGAAGAUUGCAAUAACCACUCUUGUGGUGGGAGUAUGCGUAGUUGCAAACAAUCAUUUAUGUAUACGAUUAUCAAUUAAUAAUGCUACAAAAAAAGAAGAAAACUUAAAACCAAACAAAAAGGGCGCUUUGUAAUUUUUGUUAAUACACCAACAGCACCAACGCAAAGGGCGCACGCACCAAUGUAUAUGUAUAUGCACAUAUAUACAUUAAAUUUUCCCAUACCUUGCCAAGUCAAAUAUAAAUAUUUUUCCAGCUUAAAUGAAACAGCGUUAAAUUUAAAAUAUAUGCAAUUUAUUUCCAUUACUUUAUGAAUAGGAAAACAUUUAUGUCGAAGACUUUUGCUAGCUAAAUCAAUGAUUUUUGCAGUUGUGUGCUGUAUGUCGUACAAUUUUUUAAGCCUUUUAUUUGUUUUAUCACCUUACUUCGCAUAAAUCUCUGUGUGCUGUAGCAAUUUGUGAACUACAAAUACGUAAACAUAAUAAAAUAUGAAUGCCUAAAUUUAAAAAAAAAAAUAAAAAAACCGGUAAAAAUAAUUUUUAAUAUACAUAUACUAGACAUUAGUUAUAUUUUUUGUAGAUUUUAAGCCGAAUUAAUGCAAGAUAAAAAAAAUUCUGUAUAUGUACGGAAUCAGAAGAUAUUUCAAAAAUCGUUGGUUAAAAAUUCUCAAACCUCCACUCAUGUAUACGACGUAUGCGUACAUACAUACUAUAUACAUACUUUUAUGUACGUUACACUUUAUUAGAGUCGUCACAUCGAACGAUCGCAUAAAAUAAACGAAAUAUAUUACAGAAAACUACAUCUAAUCACUCUAUAACACAGUUAUGGCUCAUGCAUGUUUACAAAAACACAAACUACACAUGUAUACGACGUAAACGAAGCCCUUGUUAAGUGAUUUUAAGAAUUGGUUCAGGAACCACAUUGCAGAACAUGGUUGCUACAUUUGUCUCCUGAAAAGCUCACAUACUUUUCUCCGUUUUAUGUAAUUUCAUUUGUUUGUUGUGCUAAAAGAGUAAAAAAAAAAAAAAAAAACGAAAAAACCUCUAGCGUACAAGUUUUUGUAAUAUUUUUCCUGUUAGAAUUAGUAGAAAAAUGCGGACGGUAUGCUAGCAACGUCUAAUUGAUAUAAAGUGUAAAUUUAUGUUUCAGGAUUUGGAGUCGGAUAAUCUAUAAAAUAAAACAUAGUUGGUAGCUCAGCCGUGUAAAAUUUGUUGUAUACCUCCUUGGUAUCCUAAACUAUACUAUAUUCAAUAAUGCAGAAAAAAUAGACGUUGCUGGACUGCUCACAUUGUCAUAACAAAAAUAAAUAAAUACAAAUUUAUGGCACUGCGA